AUGGCCCAUUUGAAUACACAGAUGGACUUUCUGGCCAAGCACAUGCUGUCAGACAAGACUAAAAUGGUUAAGGCCGUAGCAUCUCAGGCGACUGUAUCUAUAGUUAGAGUAGCAAAUGAGCCAACUUUCUGCUACAUUGAACUAGAAAAAAUUGGUACUUUACCUAGUGAUAUGGUUCAGAACCCACGAAAUAAUGGAUCGUGUAUAGAUAUUACCACUAGAAGUGGUAAGAUGUUAUUUAGCCCUUCUGUGGGCAUAUCUGUGGAGAAUAAGGUAAGUAUUAACGAACCUGAAGAAAAUAAUUUAGUGGAGUCUGAUAAGCUAGACAAUUUUGUUAAUAUUUCAAAUAGAGAAGAUGAGAAGGAAGAGGAAGUAGUGUUAAAGACUAUCCCUAAGCUACCACUUUCUUUUUCUCAACGAUUGAAGAAGAAGGUCGAUAAUGCAAACUUUGGUAAGUUCAUGACUAUGCUCAAGCAAUUAACAAUUAAUCUGCCUUUAGUUGAGGCACUUGAGCAAGUGCCAAGCUAUGAAAAGUUCAUGAAAGACCUUGUCACAAAAAAGAGAAAGGUCAGCAGUAAGCAGGUGGACAAUCUCUACCAUUGUAGUGCGGUGUCCACACGAUUCUUAGUGAAAAAGAAGGCUAACCCAGAUCCAAUACCUACUAACAUGCAACUGGUGAUGGCGGAUAGGUCGAUAAAGUGGCCUGGUGGAAUUUUGCAUGAUGUGAUGGUGAAUGUGGCAGACUUUAUUCUUCCUGCUGAUUUUAUGGUGCUGGAUUGUGAUGUGGACUUUAAAGUACCCAUUAUUUUGGGAAGACCAUUCUUGGUAACAGGAAGGGGCUGA